UUAAACCACUCUGUUGCAUUGACAUUCAUAACUUUUCUAUAUAAGUACAUACUUAAAUACGCAUUUAUAAAAUGGGCAGGCAUAAAAAUAGCGCACAAGAACUUAUUAUGGUUAAUUUUAUGGAGGAACAUGCUGGUCUCGCUCGUGGCUUAAAGCAGAACAAACAGACGAGAAAUGAAAUGUGGGAAUUACUUACUAAAAGCCUUAAUUGCCGUGGUCCACCAAGAAAACCACCAGAACGCUGGAAGAAGGUUUGGUUCGAUUGGCGAUCAUCGGUAAAACGGAAAAUUUCCCAAGAAAAAAAUGAUUCUUACGGUGCAGAUCAAGAUGACAUUCCAUGUAGAAAAGUUCCCUUAACAGCUAUCGAAAACAAAUUAGCACGCAUAUGUGGAUUUUUAAACACUGAUACCCGUGUUGAUUUUGAUACGAACUCGGACAUUCAAGAAGAAUUGAGUUUACUUUCUGACAGUAUCACCAAUGUGAUUAAAGAAGAGUUGAUGACCGAUGAGCCAGAUAACGAAUAUGACGAAAGUCCAAUAGAUUUUGAUACAACUAAUGAAAUGCUUCAGAAUAAAAGCAACGACUAUGAAAAGUCGGUUGACCGUAUAACCGUGAGGCCAUUUGCCAUAUGUAACUCCACAGCGGUUGAUGUGAAAAUUGAAAUGGAAAAUGUGGAGGAUAAUAAUUUAAAAAAGAGUAACAAGACUCAUUGCGAGGAAAGUGGAAAAAACGCAGAUGUUUUAGAUAACCUUGUAAAACAACAAACAUCAAUGAUGGCUGCAGUACAACACUUUCUCCAGGAAAAUAUAAAAUUGCAAAAUGAAAAUUUGCGAGCCAUGAAAGAAAUAGGGACUGGACUGAAUGAAAUUUUUCAAGUAGUUAAUAAACUAAAUGAGUCAACAAAUGACAAACUGAAAGAACAGCGCAGGCAUAACUAUGAGAUAGAAAAGUUACGCAGAGAAGAAAUAUUUUUACAGAAACAACAACUUGAAUUAAAUGAAAUGAAGUUAUUAAGAAAGGAUUGAAUGGAUAAGUGUAUUAUGUAUAUAUGUAUCUAGUUAUGAUUAUAAUAUUUGAACAUGAUUUUUCGCAGUUAAUAGUUUAGCAUAUUUAAUAACAUUCCUUUCAUAAAAGGGAACAAGAAAUUAAUAUAAUCCUAAACUUAUGACUAAAUGUA